AACAAAAAGUAGUCAUGAUUCUAUUGUUCAGAAUAUAUUUUUUAAUCACUUUUCAAUUGAACAAAUCAAAAAUCAAACAUUUGAAUAAAAAUGAUCAUAAGAAUUUUAAACGUUUGCCUUACAUCAGAUUUCUUCCAGCGAUUAUUAUCAUCAUUAUGUUUGGUUAUCUAUUUAUUAUUUUUAAAUUUGGAUCAACGGAUAUUAUCAGUGGUUGUUUAUGCGCAACAACAAUAUAAUAUUGGUGCUGUCCUCAGUUCUUCCGAACAAAUUGUUCAAUUUCAAAAGAUUAUCGAAGAUAUAAAUUAUGAAGGUGACAUUUUACCUCAUGGUGUAUCGCUACGUGGCCACAGUAUACUCAAACAAACAAAUCCAAUUGAUGAUAUAAGAAAUUUCUGCCAAAAAUUUAUGCCUUUUAAAAUUUAUGCUAUAAUCAUCGAUGAUACAAUACCAUCGAAUGCCAUUACAUUCACAUCCUCAUUACAUAAUAUUCCGACUAUUGGCUUAGCCAAUCGAGAAAGUUUAUUCUCAGAUAAAAGUCUUUAUGGAUCUUAUAUGCGAACCACGCCUACUUAUUCGAAUCAAGCCGAUGUUUGGAUGCAAUUGCUCACUCAUCUUGAAUUCGAAUGUGCUCACUUCAUAGUAUCGGAUUCCAUCAAUGGUCGUAAUGUAAAAACACAGUUUAUUACAUUGGCCGAUAUCAACAAUCUUGAAAUCGAAUCGAUUAUCGAAUAUGAUUUUGAUCGACCAAUCCUUCGACCUGAUUUGGAAACAAUUAAAGAGCGAAAUUCAUCAUGUCGAAUAAAUGUUCUCUACGUUGAUGAAUACAAUGCCGAAAAAGUAUUGUCCGAAAUAGAUUCAAGCAUAACUGGACCUGACGACGUAUGGAUAGUUUCUGAACAAGCAUUGUAUGCAGCAAAUUUACCUGUUGGUUUUUUGGGAAUUCGUUACAAAGAUCAAAGUAAUAUCCAAUCGCAUAUAUUUGAUAGCCUCUAUGUGAUAUCUAAUGCAAUAAAAGAAAUGCAUAAUAAAACCAAUCUUUCAACACCACCGAGUGAUUGUCGCAAUAUCGGUCGCUCUCAAUGGACGGAUGGAGAAUUGUUCUAUGAUUUUUUACGUGAGCAAACAAUUAUUUUUGGAAAAACAGGCAAAAUAAGCUUUGAUGAACACGGUGAUCGUUUGAACGGUCAUUAUGAGAUUUGGAAUCAACAACCAAAUACGAAUCCGAAUAGAACAUCCAAUAAUCAAUUGGUCAUGGUUGGAAAAUAUUUUUAUAAUCAAAGUGCUAUGAAAAUGGCAAUAGAUAUUGAUGAACAAAAAAUUGUUUGGCCUGGUAAUAAAACCGAAAAGCCGAUCAGUUAUUCAACGCCAGCACAUCUUCAUAUUGCUACAUUGGCAGAAAUUCCUUUCGUGUGGGUAUUACCCGUGAAUGAAAACAAAGGUUGCAAUACAGGACAAGUUCCUUGUCCUAUUCGUAAAAAAAAUCAAAAAACUGGUCAAUAUUAUCAGAAGACAUUCUGUUGUGAAGGUUAUUGUAUCGAUUUAUUGAUACAAUUGGCCACACAAUUAAAUUUUACUUAUACAUUGCAUCAAGUAGAAGACGGCACUUAUGGAUCGUAUAGAUUCAACGAUAAAACUGGCCAUCAUGAAUGGACCGGUUUGUUGGGCGAACUUUAUUAUGGUCGAGCAGAUAUGGUGGUAGCUGCCUUAACAAUCACUCCAGAGCGCUCAUUAGCCAUCGAUUUCACAAAGCCAUUCAAAUAUCAAGGCAUAACCAUUUUGCAAAAACAACAAGCCAUUCACCGUCUUGGUCAUCCGUUAACUUCCUUUUUGCAGCCCUUUCAAAACAGUCUCUGGGUUUCCGUUUUUGUUGCCGUUCAUGUAGUUGCACUAGCACUUUAUCUGUUGGAUCGAUUUAGUCCAUUUGGACGUUAUAAAUUGCCUAAUUGUGAAACAAUUACUGAAGAAGAUGCUCUGAAUCUAUCUAGUGCUAUCUGGUUUGCAUGGGGUGUGUUGUUUAAUUCGGGAAUCGGCGAAGGAACACCACGAAGUUUUAGCGGACGUGUUCUUGGCAUGGUCUGGGCAGGCUUUGCCAUGAUCAUUGUCGCAUCAUACACUGCUAACCUUGCUGCCUUUCUAGUGUUGGAUCGACCUCAAACAGCAUUGAGCGGCAUCAAUGAUCCAAGACUUCGAACACCGCCUGAUGGUUUUAAUUAUUCAACAGUUCGUGAUAGCGCUAUCGAUAACUAUUUUAAACGUCAAGUAGAACUAAAAUUGAUGCAUCAACGAAUGUCGGAAAUAUUUUUCAAUAAUGUCGAGGAUGCCAUCGCCGCUGUUAAAUCUGGUACAUUAAGUGCAUUUAUUUGGGAUAGCGCUCGUCUUGAAUAUGAAGCUGCGAAUGAUUGUGAGUUGAUCAUUUCGGGCGAACAUUUCGGCCGAUCUGGUUAUGCAAUCGGUCUUCCAAAAGAUAAAAUCUACUGGAAAGAUAAGGUGUCUUUAGCCUUGUUGGGCAUGCAUGAAAGCGGUUUCAUGGAAGAAUUGGAUCAAAAAUGGAUAUUAUUGAAUGAACAAGUUUGUUCCAUUCGAACAGAACAUUUCCCUCCCACUUUAGGCCUUAAAAACAUGGCUGGAGUUUUCAUACUUGUUGCAACGGGUAUACUUGGAGGUGUCGGUUUGAUUAUGUUUGAAAUUUUUUACAAACGACAUCAAACUCGUAAACAGAAACGUUUAGAAUUGGCUCGUAAUGCAUUGGAUCGAUGGAAAGAAAUGGUCCAGAAACGCAAAUUGAGAAAAGAAUCACUGAAAUUGGCUGCACAACAACGAUAUCGUGACCAGCAAGCAUUACAUCGACGUCGACAACAACUAAGACAUAGUUCGAAAAGUUUAAGCGAUGAACGCUUUUCAACUUCAUCAUCUGUCGAAAUGAUGGAUCCACAUGGACAUCCACAAUAUCUACAGCAACAACAGUAUUCAAAACAACCAGAAGGAUGCAAUAAUCUUCAUUACAAUAAACAUUUAGAUUCUCGUUAUGAAGAAUUCAAUCGGCCGACAAAGCCUACCUAUUUAGAAUUGAAGCAAAUAAAUAUUCCUUCUAAUUUGCCAUUAUCGGCAGCAGCUCAACAAGUCCAUCAACCGCCAACAUCGACCACAAGCCGACGAACAUACGGACAAGAACAACAUCCAGUCGCAAAAUUUGUUCCUCGUGGAAAUAUUAUCUCAUAUGUCGAAGAGAAUCCUGUCAAUGAAAAACAACUUUGUUUCUGGGCAAGACAAAUUUAUCGAGCAUUAGAUUUUCUAGGUGACAGUGGUAUCUCACAUCGAAACAUUAAGCCUAAUCAUUUAUUAUUGAAACCAAUGGGCAAUGAAUUGUGUGUCAAAUUGACAGGUUUCAAAAACUCAAUCAUUUACUGGAAUAUUGAAGAGAAUGAUGUAAACUUUUGUCAGUGUCAACCGAUCAGUCAACAAAGGAAUGAUGGACCGAAUUUUCAGGCACCGGAAGUUUAUGGAAAUGUUAAUGAAUUUUUUGAUCCAAUCAUUGCUGACAUUUGGUCAUACGGAGCGAAUCUAUUUUUUACAUUGACUCAAUUCUAUCCAUACAAUAUCGAAUAUCCGCAUGAAAAUUUGGAUGAGGAAGUCUGGCAUAAUAUCUCGAAAAUACCGAACAUAAGCAAUGAAUGUCAAAAUUUUUUAUUUGCUUUGAUGAGAUCAAAUGCUAAUGAUCGUAUACCAUUCGAUUUUAUAGACAAAGAUGAUUGGUUUCGUAAAUCCUAUAUGAUACCCAAUUGAGCAACGGUUUUAAUAAUGUUAAUUGAUUUAGAUUAAAUCAUAUUUACAAAGUA